AUGAUAAGAUAUAGGUGGCGGGACAACUCAUCGACUAUCUACAUCAAGAGAUCCAUCAUCUACCACAACGAAAUCAUCUACAUCCAUCGAGUAAGCAUAAAAAUGGUAGACCUACGUCCAGCGUCGAGUAACGCGGGUGGCGAAAAUAAGGUCAAGCUGGUGAGCAGGGCAGCAGUGAACAGACGCAUCUUGAAUGAACAAAGUUUUUUGGAUUUGCGGGGUGGAGACCGGUACUUGUUAGUCGAUUUUGUCUAGUGUAUUUUGGAUUUGGACCGACUUUAUAGGUAAAGCUCUGUGUACUACUCUAUGUAGGUAAACAAGCUCUAGUAUGUAGGUAAAGCUCUAUGUUUCGAGCCAUUCAUGAGACUUCCAACAUGCUUCUAUCUCAGAAACCUUCCCCUGGAUCCAUUUCAUGCUCUGUAUCCUCAUCAUGCUGUUUGUUUCCAUGAUAAUACAGGCGCGAUCAUGAUGUCCGGAACCCGAUUGACAGAAUGCCUCGUGCACGACCUGGUGGCGGUACUGAACUGAUAGCUAAGCUUUGUUUCCUUUUGCGUCUAAAUGAAAAAGUUUAGCAUUUACAUGGAACUUAUUUACUAUUUUUCUUCUCAUCUUCUUGUCUAGGACUUCUGUCUACCAGGAGAGUACGUAUUCUUCACUUCUGGUAACCAACUCAUCUUAUGCUUAAAUCCGAUGCUCCCUAACCCUACUAUAUCAAGUAUGUAUUCUUCACUUCUGCUCACCAAAGCAUGCCUCCUCAACCUACUUCCUGCAGACGGACCCGGUGGACGAAAAGGUGAAGUACGCGUGAACCUACUUCCCGCUAAGCGCUUUCAUGACGAUGCUCCUCGUGGACAGCAGCAGAACCAGAAGAAAAAUAAUAACAAGAGGCCUCCAAGUAAUCAUCAAGUGGUCCAAGUCAAUCACAAUAGGAGUCCAGUUGUCCUCGUAGAGAGUUCACCUUCCCAGCACCGUGGUAGGGACAAAGGCAGUCUCAGUCCGAAACAUCGCAUGUCCGCGAGUCCAGAUUCAUCCCCAGUAGCUAGAAGGAGGCCUCAGGUGUCUCGCUUUGACGAGGACAAGCGUGCUAAGCAGAACCAGAGCAGUCGUGAGAACAACGCCAAGACCUCCAAUGUCGUUGUUGAAAACAAAAAGAAGAAGCGUUUUCACAAUACUGAAGCAAGUCGUGGUGGUGAUUUUAAAAAUGUGGUGGUGGAGAACGCAACUACGAAAAAUGAUGAUAGCGCGGAGAAGAAGAAUGGAGGGGCAGCUAGAGUUUACAAUAACAAGCGAACUCUUCCUUCUAGCAGAGACGCAGGCGACCGUGACACUUCUAACGAUCCUACUAGGAGACAAGAUCGUGAUCAUGAUCAAGGUACAACAGCUGCUAAGAAGCGGAGAUAUGUCCCAGAUCCAAGUAGCAGUAGUACGCCAGCUAGUGCUUCUCCUUCUGCCUCGCCUUCUAGUAGUUAUUCCACUCCAGGAGGCAAUGAGCCUCCAGGUUGUAGCAAAAAGAGCAAGAGAAACUUUUGCAGCAGCGAGAGGAAACCAGCUCGAGUAGGAACACGAGCAGGGACACGAGGUCCGAUUAUUUUAAGGGUAGGUUAAAGGUGUUCUUGUUUUUACCGUUCGUUUUGCCUUCCUGAGAACAGUUAUACCGAAAGGCAGAUCACGAACGUUUUUUUAGCGUUCGUUUUGCCUUUCUGAAGGGGGAAAGGCUGAUCACGAACGGGGUAAACGAACACCAAAAACCUACUAGACUCUAAUUGUUUCCCCAGAUACCUCAUCUUCGUCGGAAGAAGACGAAGAUUCUCAGUCAGAGAACAAGCCAUCCUCCUCCUCCUCCGAACAAGAAGACCAACAGUCCUCUUCGGUAGAUGGUCCACCUUUGACAAAGAGAGCGAAGAAGAGUAGCCGUGCUUCUAAAAAGGAAGCAGACCACAGCACAAUCGCAGCGCCAGGAGUUGUUCUUACGUCGAGGAAAGGUCCUGAGAAUCAACAUCACCAGGUGGAACAACAUCACCAGGGUCAACAUUCCACUGGAGGAACAGCAGGAGUACCAGCAGCAGGAAGAGCCGCAACAAGAGCAGAAGAGAAAGAACAACGUGAUGAUGGUACUUCUAGGAUGAACAGAACUCGUUCCGGAUCAGUCCCGUCUGAAAGCAAUGCACCGAGAGGCAGUGUUUCACCCCACAGGAAGGCUACAGCGACGUCUAACGAAAUCGCAGAUGAAGAGAGUCAAAUGAUCAAGUCUUCUACUCUAAAGCUUAACAACAACAGUACUACUGCAGGAGCGGCUAAGAAUGGCGCACGUGGUCGUAGAAGUGAGCAAGAAUCCUCAUCGUCAGAGGAUGACUCCGACAGCAACUACUAUGGCCGUCGUAUCGAGUCGUCUAGUUCGAGGAGUAAGGGAGGACGGUCGAAGAAGAAGGAUGCAGAUGAGCCAGACGCUUUCAGGAGAAACGAUACAACUGCUACAAGGAGGUCACCACCAAGACCUACAGGAGCGAGGAAUACGAAUACAACCGGACGAACCUCUUAUCCUACCAGAGACAGGGAACUCUCUAGACCUAGUAGAGACCUGUCUCGACCGAGAGAACUCUCCAAACCUACAGAACAACAUACUAGGCCAGGUCCACAUAAGGGGACAUCAAAAGGAGGAGGAGGUGGCACUAGCCGUUUCAAUGAUGAGCAUUAUUCGACGCGCUCAGGCGUGGGCGGGAAACAAGGAGCAAAAGGUGGUGGUGGCAGCAGCAUGAAUAAUGCUUUCUCAACAUCUUCAAGAUAUGCCAACAACAACAACAAUGGUGACCACUAUGGUCCUCGAGGAACUACUAGGCCUCAUUCUAGAGAGAGAAAUGCGAGGACCACGACGACGACGACGACAAAUAGUAGGUACAAUAACAAUGCGAAUACUACUUCUUCUAGAGGUCCACGGGAAAAUUAUAGGGGCGCCCCAAGUAGAAAUGAUUCUCGAGGAAGAAACACUGUUCGCGGAGGCAAGGACAACAGAGGUCCUCCCAGUAGUAGAAAUGGAGGAGCCACUAUGACAGAUUGGGUUGGGCCUGGAGGAGGAUGGCAACCUAAAGGUGGACACCAAAGGCAACGAAAUGCUAAGGAUGAAGAUGGAAGGGAUGCAGAUGAUGAUCGAAAUGGAGAUAGAGAAGACGAAAACAAGUCACAAGCAGCUCAAGCACAAGGAGUGGUAAAGAAAAUGAAGCCUCAAAGGGUGUUUAAUCCAGCACUCUCUGCUCCGGAAGGAAGUAGAUCCUCGAAAAACACUUCCUCAAAAAAUCGGGAGCACCCUGAUGGAAAUGUAGAUGAAGAUGUGCUCUCGUCCAGUGAGGAAGGCUAAGAUGAAGUUACCUCACACAUUCAAAGAAGAUCAUUAUCAAUACUAUGAUUUCCUAUCGCAGCUUCGAUGAAGUAGACACCGGAAUGUUCGAAUACAGAUAUUUUCCCAGAAGUGAGUCUCUUUCCCCCACAAAUGAUGAAUACUCUCACCCCAUAUGUUGAACCUCUCCCAUGUUGACCACCGGAAUCUAUUCUCCAUCAUCGAUGACACCACGACGUUGAAAUCAAAUGAGUCCUCCUGACCCAAUUGAGAUUUUUUUUUCAGCAUACGCCCACUAUCCAUGUGGUUAAUAUGUCGAUCGCUUUUUUGUCAGCAUGUGUCGGCG